GUGCCUCUUUAUCUCUCGAUCUUCUGCUUUAUUUAUUAUUUGAUUUGUAACCAAAAAGAAAAGAUAUAUUCUUUCGCUAUAUUCAUAAAUUAAAUACAAAAAGAAAAAAGGAGAAUGGAAAGCGUUACAGUGAGUGGAUUGUUUAAGCAGGCGGCUGAAAAUUUUCCUUCACGGAGAGCUGUGUCGGUCUCUGGUAAGUUUGAUUUGACGUAUUCUCGCCUUCAUGAACUUGUUGAACGUGCCGCUACUCGUCUUGUUGCGUCAGGGAUUAACGCUGGCGAUGUCGUUGCAUUCACCUUUCCAAACACAGUCGAGAUGGUAAUAAUGCUUUUGGCCGUAAUCCGAGCACGUGCCACCGCCGUGCCGCUCAACCCAGCGUACACACCAGACGAGUUCGAGUUUUACCUAUCAGACUCAGAAGCAAAGCUUUUAUUUACCCCGAUUCAAGGAAAUGCUCAAGCUCAAGCCGCGGCUUCCAAGCUCAAAAUUCAUCAAGCCACGGCUCAUUUCCCUGAACCUGAAUCAGAACUCUCUCUCUCACUCCCUCAGUCCGAGUCAAAUUCCAACUCAAUCGAUAAACUCAUCAAUGAACCAUCCGAUGACGCAAUCUUCCUCCACACUUCAGGCACCACGAGCCACCCCAAAGGGGUCCCGUUAACUCAGCUCAAUUUAGCUUCCUCCAUGCAAAACAUCAUAUCGGUUUACAAACUCACUGAAUCAGACUCUACCGUACUAGUACUCCCGCUUUUUCAUGUUCAUGGCUUGAUGGCCGGCUUAUUGAGCUCUCUUGGAGCGGGAGCCGCCGUGACUCUUCCAGCCGCUGGGAGGUUCUCGGCUUCAACAUUUUGGAAAGACAUGGUCAAAUAUAAUGCCACGUGGUACACUGCGGUCCCCACCAUACACCAGAUCAUAUUAGACCGGCAUAUGAAUAACCCCGAACCCGUUUACCCGAAGCUCCGAUUUAUUCGGAGCUGCAGCGCCUCACUGCCGCCAAGUGUAUUUACUCAGCUUGAAGAAACAUUUGGUGCUCCGGUUUUAGAAGCAUAUGCAAUGACUGAGGCGAGCCAUUUAAUGGCAUCCAAUCCAUUACCAGAAGACGGUCCCCAUAAGCCCGGAUCGGUGGGUCGACCCGUGGGACAAGAAAUGGCGAUUUUGGAUGAAAAUGGUGUACCUCAAAAGGCAGAAGUGCAUGGUGAAGUGUGUAUUAAGGGAUCAAACGUAACUAAAGGUUAUAAAAAUAACCCUGAGGCUAAUCGGUCUGCCUUUCAAUACGGGUGGUUUCACACAGGUGAUAUAGGGUAUUUCGAUUCGGAUGGAUAUUUGCAUCUCGUGGGUCGGAUCAAGGAGCUCAUCAACCGUGGAGGGGAGAAAAUAUCACCAAUUGAAGUGGAUGCAGUCCUGAUAACCCAUCCUGACAUUGCGCAAGCUGUUGCUUUUGGAGUCCCUGAUGACAAAUAUGGUGAAGAGAUCAACUGCGCCGUCAUUCCUCGACAAGGAACAAAGAUUGAUGAAGAGGAGGUGCUGAGGUUUUGCAAGAAAAAUCUUGCAUCUUUUAAGGUACCCAAGAGAGUUUUCAUCACAAAUUCUUUCCCAAAGACUGCCAGUGGAAAGAUUCAACGUCGAAUUCUGGCAGAACACUACAUUUCUCAAAUCUCAACUGCUAAAGUUCCCAAGUUUGGAGCUUAAGAGGGAACCACUCCCCAAUCCCAUUAGUACUUCAAGUAUGUAAAUAGCAUAUAAGAUCCCGUUGUUGAUGUCAAAGUGUUAUAUUUUUCUAUUUUUAUGCACUUCGAUGGUGAAAAGGAUUGUAUAAUUAUAUUUUUUAGUUCUUAUAUAGUUGGAUGGUUUUCAUAAAUAAUACAUGAUUAUU